AUGCGUUACUUCAAAACGAUAGCUUUCUUGCUAAUUUCCCUAUGGAUGAUCGUGCUCAUGUAUAUAUCCUUUGGUGGACUGCACUCUCCGCGUGCCACUGCAGAAUACGAUGAAAUUGUCAGACAUAUUGAUGCCCUGCACCAGCGAGUACUUGAGGGGUCUCAGAACCUGAAGAAGACGAUUGAGCGACUUAAUUUGCCUGUUGAAUCUGUACCGCAACAUCUUUGUUCUGCUUUUGCAGUAGCCCCUACUGGUUCAGUAGGACACGCACACGAAGUUCUCCGCAACCGGGCGAUCAACUUUGCGCGGGAAAUAUUCUUUGCGGUCACAGCAAGCCUGAAAGAAAUAAACCAGAGUUUGGCUAAUAAUAGUCAAGUAGGUAGGGAAGCCGUACUCGCCUCAGUGGAAUCACUACGUGAGCGCGUUGACGAGAUGACGCAACACCUAGAGAUCGAUCUCGAUGGUUUGGGCCGGGUGGAUCAUCUUGCCGAGAAUCGCAAACGGGAGUUGGAUCGACUGGGUGCGCUUGUCCAGCAGAGACUGGAGAAAUUGCAGAAUCCCACAGACUGCUCAAAAGCUAAGCUGCUCCUGGUCAGCCUAACCAGGCCAUGUGCCUUUGGUUGCAAUGUUCAUCAUUUGGCCUAUUGUUUACAACUUGCCUAUGCUUCUGGUCGCACGCUAAUACUGACCGGUAUACUGACAGGGUACGGCGAAUGGUGGUCCCGAAACUUCCUCCCUCUCUCGUCCACCUGUUCAGAAGAAGCAGCCGACAGUUCCUCAGACACUUUCUUCGACAAAAACACCAUCAACUCUCCGCGCAUUGUGGAAUGUCCGUACAUUGGCCAUCUUGCAAACUUAAAUUGGCUUCCGCCGGCUGUCCCGGCCGACUUGGCUCCGAAUCUCACGCGGUUACAUGCGGCUCCCUCCGUCUGGUUCAUUGGUCAACUUAUCACCUAUCUAAUGAGACCAGCACCACAGUUUGCACGUAUCUUGAAUCAUACAUUGAUCUCUUUCGGCCUUGUCAGUCCACGUGGAACUCCAAUAGCUGGACUGCAUGUUCGCCGAACAGAUAAGGUCAACACCGAAGCUGCGUUCCACAGCGUGAAAGAAUACAUGUUUUACGUGGAGCGGCGGUUUCGUUUUUGGGAUGCCCAACAGAAAAUGAUGAACAGACAUACAGAAUGGAUCAAUGAUGCUCAACCACACUAUACUUCAACCACUCCACGCCAAGUUUUUAUAGCAACGGAUGAUCCUUCAGUACUUGAUGAGGCUCGGAAGCAGUACCCUGACUACGUGUUCCUCGGGGAUUCGAAGCGUGCGGAGUCUGCAAAUGUUGGAAGUCGAGGCAACGCCGAUUCUAUCACUGGAGUUGCGUUGGAUAUCAUGGUGCUAUCGAAAGCUGACUACAUCGUGUGCACGUUUUCGUCCCAGGUAUGUCGUAUUUCCUACGAGCUCAUGCAAGCUCGUCAUGGGGAUUUGGGUGAUGCAAGUGGUCUGGCUCAGUCUCUUGAUGACACCUACUACUACGGUGGCCAACAAAUGGUUUCGCCAGAAGUAAUAAUCAAAGAUGAGGCCUCGGGACUCGAACCAGGGGAACAUAUUCAUGUCGCAGGUAAUCACUGGAACGGUUUCGCUCGUGUUGUCGGUCUCCCGGGUCGAUCGGAUGUGAUGGUUCCGGCCUACAAAUAUCGACCACGUGUUCUGGUUGUCCCGAUGGGGAAUUUCGAUGACUGAGCAAUAGUUCACAGCUGAACAAAACUCUCUCUCUCAAUCCGUCAUUCAGAUCUGAACGUGUGAAAUGUUCGCUCCCCGGUUUACUGAUAUUCUCUUACUCCAUUCUUAAUGAAUUGAUCCGUUAUCUUUAGUUAUCUUUUGUUCUUUCAAUUGUUUUUUUAGCCUAUCCCACUCUGCCUUUCGACCUCCUCUCAUUCACCUGGACUGCAUUUUGCUUUAAAUGAGUGAUUUUUUUCACUCAGGCGACUAUGCACCAAGCAAUCGAUAUUUCUCGGAUAUUUCGGGCCAUUGUAAAUUUUGGAUGUGCGGGAACGAUCUCUAAAUGUUUGUGUAUAGUUCCGUUUCGUUCUGUUUAAUAUUUUACUGUGAUCAUAACAAGUCAGAGUAUAAGAAGAUUUUGACUUUCUGAUCAGUGUUAUCAUAUACUUCUCUGUUCAAACUGAAAGGAAUCUGGUCCGGGGAGGUUGCACUCAAAAGUACAAUUGCAAGUAAGCCAACUUGCGUUGAUAUCGCUUACAUUCUGUAGUUGUAGGCAGCUGAAAGAAAAAAGGACAUACGUUAUUGUAUAGCAUACUGACUUACCUUGUUCGUGUUGACUGGAAUUGUGCUUUUCUGUUCAACUUGUGGUAGGUCAAUUGGUCGGAGCAUGGUGUCACGUUGCCACGGAAUUCUUCGACAAUUCGAUGUGCGUAGGUUGUAAGUACC